CUGUCACAACAGAGCGGUGCUGCGGCGGCACUUCCUGCGCGCACGGCGCUGCCCGCCGUCCCCGCCCGCCGCGCUCCCCGCGCCUCCGGCACCGCGGGGGCCGCCGAGUGCUGCCCGGGCACCCCCGGCUGCGGCGGACGGGCAUGGCUCCUCCGGGGAAAGUUGGCGCCGUCGCCGCCGUGCCGUGAGGGGAGCGCCGCGGGACGCUGUCCGUCCGCCCGUCCGUGUCUGCCCCCUCCGCCCUCUCGGCGCCCCGGAGAAGUUGACGGUGCUCGGCGGCACGAUGGCAGAGGCUGCCGGCAACCGAGAGCAGUCGGCGGCGGGCCGUGCCCCUCCCGACGCCGCGCACCGUGCCGAGGAGGAGCCCGAGCCGGCUUCGCUGGACGCCCCGGCGGCGGCCGCGGGCAGGAGGCGGGAGCGCCGCAGCGGCGUCUCGGCCGUCGGCGCUGCAGAGCGCUUCCCCGGCGGCAGCCUGGGGCCGGCGGCAGCAGCUGACCCCGACACCUGCCUGCUGGAGGCGGCUAAGGCCACGCCGCGGAGGAGCAGCAUCAUCAAGGAUCCUUCAAACCAAAAAUGUGGAAGAAAGAAAACAGUGUCCUUCAGCAGCAUGCCAUCAGAGAAGAAAAUAAGCAGUGCCAGUGACUGUAUCAGCUUUAUGCAAGCUGGGUGUGAAUUGAAGAAAGUUCGCCCAAAUUCCCGGAUUUAUAACCGUUUUUUUACUCUGGAUCCUGACCUGCAGGCUCUUCGUUGGGAGCCGUCCAAGAAGGACCUUGAGAAAGCCAAGCUUGACAUUUCUGCUAUAAAAGAGAUCAGACUAGGGAAGAACACCGAAACGUUCAGGAACAAUGGACUUGCAGACCAGAUUUCUGAGGACUGUGCGCUGUCGGUAAUUCAUGGUGAGAACUAUGAGUCCCUUGACUUGGUUGCCAAUUCAGCUGAUGUGGCCAAUAUUUGGGUGUCAGGAUUAAGGUACUUGGUUUCUCGUAGCAAACAACCCCUGGAUUUGAUGGAAGGCAGCCAUAACACCCCACGGUUUACCUGGCUAAAAGCUGUAUUUGAAGCAGCAGAUGUUGAUGGUAAUGGCAUAAUGUUAGAAGAUACAUCUGUGGAGCUAAUAAAAAAGCUUAAUCCCACCUUAAAGGAAUCAAAGAUUAGAUUAAAAUUUAAGGAAAUCCAGAAAAGCAAAGAGAAACUGACAACACGAGUGACAAAAGAGGAAUUUUGUGAAGCGUUCAGUGAACUUUGCACAAGGCCUGAAGUUUAUUUCUUGCUUGUGCAGAUAUCUAAAAACAAAGAGUAUCUAGAUGCCAAUGACCUCAUGCUGUUUUUAGAAGCUGAGCAAGGAGUGACCCACAUAACAGAAGAAAUGUGUCUAGAUAUCAUACGCAGGUAUGAGCUUUCUCAAGAAGGGCGGUUGAAAGGUUUUCUUGCAAUUGAUGGAUUUACGCAAUACUUGUUGUCCCCGGAAUGUGAUAUUUUUGACCCAGAGCACAAAAAAAUUGUCCAGGACAUGACACAGCCUUUGUCACAUUACUACAUCAAUGCAUCCCACAAUACAUAUCUCAUAGAAGACCAGAUCAGAGGGCCAGCUGAUAUCAACGGUUAUGUCAGAGCUUUAAAGAUGAGUUGUCGGAGUAUUGAGCUAGACGUUUGUGAUGGCCCAGAUAAUGAACCCAUUAUUUGUAACCGUAACAACAUGACAUCACCACUUGCCUUUCGAAAUGUUAUUGAGGUAAUAAACAAAUUGGCCUUCUUUGCUUCAGAAUACCCCCUUAUUCUCUGCCUGGGGAACCACUGCUCAGUACAGCAGCAGAAGGUAGUGGUACAACACAUGAAAAGCAUCUUCGGAAACAAACUGUACACAGAGGCACCUUUAUCCUCUGAAGUCUACCUCCCAUCACCUGAGAAACUGAAAAUGAAGAUCAUUGUGAAGGGGAAGAAGCUGCCUUGUGACCAGGACAUAUUAGAAGGAGAAGUCACAGAUGAAGAUGAAGAGGCUGAGAUAUCCCGGAGACUGUCGGAGGACUUCUCGAGGGAACCGAAGCUGAUCUGGCUCUGCAGGGAAUUGUCAGACUUGGUGUCCCUAUGCAAAUCUGUCCAAUACAAAGACUUUGAGACAUCCAUGAAAGCUCAAAAUUAUUGGGAAAUGUGCUCCUUCAGUGAGGCAGAAGCCAGUCGGAUUGCAAAUGAAUAUCCCGAAGAUUUUGUCAACUACAACAAAAAGUUUCUGUCCAGGGUGUACCCAAGUGCUAUGAGGAUAGACUCCAGCAACUUAAAUCCUCAGGAUUUUUGGAAUUGUGGUUGCCAGAUAGUGGCAAUGAACUAUCAGACCCCGGGGCCCAUGAUGGACCUACACACCGGCUGGUUUCUACAGAACGGGGGAUGCGGGUACGUUCUCAGGCCUUCAGUGAUGCGUGAUGAGGUAUCUUACUUCAGUGCAAAUACCAAGGGCAUUGUUCCAGGGGUCUCUCCCCAGGUCCUGCAUGUCAAAAUAAUCAGUGGUCAGAACUUUCCAAAGCCCAAGGGUGCAUGUGCAAAAGGGGAUGUCAUAGACCCCUAUGUCUGCAUAGAAAUACAUGGGAUUCCUGCAGACUGCACCGAACAAAGAACUAAAACUGUUCAGCAAAACAGUGAUAACCCCAUUUUUGAUGAAAGCUUUGAGUUCCAGAUCAACCUGCCGGAGCUGGCCAUAAUCCGUUUUGUUGUUUUGGAUGAUGACUACAUUGGGGAUGAGUUCAUAGGGCAGUACACCAUCCCGCUGGAGUGCUUACAGCCUGGCUACAGGCACAUACCACUGCGGUCCUUUGUUGGCGAUAUCAUGGAGCACGUUACCCUCUUUGUUCACAUUGCAAUAACCAACCGAAGCGGAGGCGGGAAGGCCCAAAAGCGCAGCCUCUCGGUGAGGAUAGGGAAGAAAGCAAGGGAGUACACCAUGCUGAGGAACACCGGGCUCAAGACUAUCGAUGACAUCUUUAAGCUGGCAGUGCAUCCGCUACGAGAGGCUACGGACAUGAGAGAGAAUAUGCAGAACGCCAUGGUGUCCGUCAAGGAGCUGUGUGGGCUGCCGCCCAUGGCGAGCCUGAAGCAGUGCAUCCUGACCCUGUCCUCGCGGCUCGUGAGCAGCGACAACACACCCUCCGUUACCCUCUGCAUGAAGGACACGUUUCCUUACCUGGAGCCUCUGGGGACCAUGCCCGAUGUGCAGAAAAAGGUCCUGGCGGCAUAUGACCUGAUGAUUCAAGAGAGCAGGGUUCUCAUUGAGACGGCAGACAUCACUCACGACAAGAUUGUUCAGUGCCAGAAAGCAGGAAUGGAAUUCCAUGAAGAGCUUCAUAACCUCGGGACAAAGGAAGGUUUGAAAGGAAGAAAAUUAAGCAAAGCCAUUGAGAGUUUUGCAUGGAAUAUCACAGUGCUGAAGGCAAACUGGAACAGAACUUGGAUGCUUCGCUUCCUCUGAACUUGCUGCCAGAUCCCAUCGGCCAUCAUGUUCAAGCUAUAUGGCAAAAGCCUGCUUUGCAGAAAUUCCAUAGGAGCCUCACUGAAAUAUCUUUAAUAAAAGAUUGGGCCAUACUCUGAGCAGUAACGUAAGUUGUGCUGCCUUCGUGCACAAAGAUGUGGUGGUUCUGUCUCGUGGAGGAUCCCACAAAGUUCAAAGGGAUUAUCUGGUGAGUAGAAAGGUUUGUGUGACCGGGUGUGCAAGGCUCAGCACUGAUGUUAAAUGCACCCUUUGUACACGAUGUUUUAUGCCCCAAGAUGUAUUCAAAUGCAGAUUGUAACAAUAAUCUGUCUUCUGCAACAAAAAAAAGGGACAAGAAUUUGGAUCAAAGAUAUUUUUUGGACAUAAUUACUUACAAUAUUCCUCCUGACUCACUGAGUCAGAAACAAGGUUUUUCUGAGCACUCUGUGCCCCUGGCAGCUGGUUGUCCAUCACAUGAGCACAGACUGUAGUGCUGUUUCAGAAUCUCUGCUCAGUGCUUGUUUCCCAGAAGACUGGGGCAAGGUGUUGGUGACCUUGAGGUAUGACCUAGCCCCAAAAGCUGAGGUCUUUGGGUUGUCACAGUUUCUAAAGGGAUAUUGGAAUGAGGUGCCUAAAAAUGAACCUGUUUCAACUACAAUGAUCUGUAAAGUCUUCACGUUUGUCAUUAGGCAUUGUCCUGCUGUCAGUUGGGUCACUGCGAUGUCUAAGCCUGCUCUCUCAGGCAGGUUUGCUCACUGCCUUUCCAGAGUAAAGAGGUCUUGCCCAGGUGUCUAGACCUGUCUGGAGGCCUAAGUGUAUUUGACCUCAUCCAGGUUUGCUUUUGUCUGUGGCUGGGCAGAGAUGUGACCUGGGCAGCCCCAUCUGCUAGUAAGUAUUCUCAGCUCAGCUCUUGCUAAAUGGGGUGUGCCUUCACAGCUGCAGCAGAGCUGGGCUACUAGCCAUUGGUGUGGGCAGAAAUCAGGCAGGCUCUAAGGCUUGGUGAGCUCAAAUAUGCUCUUGAGAUUGCUUUUCAUCCCAGAGCAUACAUACAAGGCAUCACUCCACAUUUGCAAAGGACAUAUACCUGCCUCCCCACUCAGUGCAGGGCUGAGGAGUUUGAGUUUUUAGGCCACUGGAAUUUGAGUAUGAGGCUGGUUCUUCAGAGGCAACAUCUUUUCUUAGCUCUAUCUCAAAGAUUUGUGCAAAUUCUCUAGAUAAAAUUUUGUGAGGCAAGUCUAACCACAACUCAGUAGAGGUCAUGAAAGGGAGUGGGUAGGAAAGAAACCUGCUCCCCUCUGAACAGUCUGUUUUAAUCACAUGUUGUGAAAUAAUGGGGCUUUAAAUAUGCCAGCCAAGUAUUCUUAGAAGAAUAGAACUAUCUGCAUGUUUUAACUUCAAUAAGACUGAGGUUUUUUUCACCAUUCUAUAGGGAAUCAAGCUGCUGCUUCAUGAGGUGGAUCUGUGGCAGUGUGUGUUUGUGCCCCAAAUUCUCAUUAGAGGGGGAGGAGUUGUGUAAGUGGCAGGAGGAGAUCAAAAUUCCCACUGUGCUGGGCUCACUCAGUAAAAAUGGUGUCAGAGGAAUGGACAUGCCAAAGUAGGCUUAAAUAAAUAGAGCAGAGUCAAUGGACCUGAAUGACAUAUGGAAGGGUUACAGGAAGACAACAGUAAUUUUAGUUGUGAUUUAAGAGUUUAAAGGGGCAAGGGCAGAUCAGGGGUAAAAACAAUUUUCAUCUGUAUGUUACGAACAGCCGAUUAUUUUCAUUGAAAGGUUUUUUCUUUUACUUCUGUUUUUCAAUCCAGUCUUAGCUGUCUUGUGUGAAAUCUGGCAGUCUGCGUAGGAUCAGAGCUUGUUCCCACUGUAACCAGUGUAAAGGCUUCCAUGGGCUUGUCAGCUUUCCAGGGUCUAGUCAACUUUGCAAAUUUUUUAUCAAGCAGAUACACUUUUACAACAACUGAUUCUAAAUUAUUGAAAUUAUUUCUUGGAAAAGAUAAAAUUUGUUAAGAAAAGAAACCCCCCUAAAAUUUCCUAACAGAUAGCACUCUGAUGACCACUAGGGUCCUAUUCCAAGCAUAAAGGGAAGAACAAUGUGGCAUUUGAUUUCCUGAGUGCUAAGAAACUAGCUAAGAACAAAAAAUACUGUCCCUGUUUGGUUUGAAAUGGAGCCAUGCACAGGCUGUUGCUCCUGCAUAAUCUUUGUAGUCCUGCAGUGUUUUCCCACCAUGCUUGCAGCCUUUGUACAGGCAGUGUGUGUGUGUGCAUGUGUGUGCGUGUGUAUCUAUUUGGAACUUCCCACAGGGGUUCACACUGCUCACCUUCCCUGCACUCCUGAUGUAAAUACAGGUGGGCUGUAGGUCCUUUCUAAGAAAACAGGUUUGGUUUCACCAGGCACUUGAAAGAGUUCUGUUAUGUCUGGAAAACAAGAGAGGAAAACUAUAGUCUCACCUUCUGUUAUUUUUUCAUGUAUGAUAGCUUAUAUAUGUGCACUCUAGUUUCUUGCUUUCUCAGAACUUGAUGUAGCAGUUACAUUUUCAUUGCUCAGAUCCUCCACUCUUCCUCUUUUCUUUAAGCCUAAAAAAAGCUAGCUGUAAAGCAGCUGUAUAGUGCUUUCACAGUGUUAGGGCACACCCAGAGAGGAGGUCUGAUGGGCAAAUGUAGCUGGUAAAAAGCCAGACUAACUUGAAGGAAUUCCAAGUUAAACAGAGACUCUUCAACAAAUUCCCAUUGGGCUCUGAACUGGUUAGAGCAGGACGUGUGAAGGGCAAAAUCAUGUCUCAGCACUCAACAGGAGCAGAAGGUCUAUAAAACCUGGAAAGUAGUUGCCAUUUCUUGCUCUUUCCUUCCCAUUUCUGGUCUGAAAAUCAAGGCCCCAGUCUCCUGAGGAACAGAAAGAUCACUGGAAAUUCUCCUGGUGCACCUCAGUGGUGGUACUUUACUACACACUGAUUCCAAUUUUUUAAUGUCCCCUGCAAAAACUAGAAAAUGUUCACCUUCAUUAAAUAUAAAAUUUUUCAGAGAGACAGAAAGAGAUACCAAAGAAUGAGAGGAGGUGGGAAAGAGAAUGUUGCUCACUUUUCCAUUUGGGAUUGGGAUAGCUGAGUCUCACUGAGCUCUUCUGAGUCCUGCUUCUCUGCUUGGUAAUGAAAAACAGGGCUGGAAACGAUGGCUUGGCGAUAGCAGCACUGCAGCUGGGAACUGCUCAUUGCAAACAGCUUGUGCCAAUAUGGCGCUGCGGAAAAACCCUUCAGUACCUUUCAAGCAUUCCUUAUUUUCCUUCCCUCUUCUCCGCUUGCUCUUGCAGUCUGCUGCUGGGAGGCCUUGUGUGUCCUGCUUUGUGUUUGGCCUCCUACUCCUGGUCCUUGGCUCUUCUUUCAGCUUAUUCCAAACAACCUUUCAUGCCAAUCUAAUAAACACUAGACAUCUAAUUUUAGAGAAGGAAUGAUCCCAGAUGCUUUUCUGAUUUGUUCUGUAAUACAUUUUUCUUGAACAGAAGUUUUUUUCUUAAUCUUCCAGAAGUGAUAUAGCACUUGGAAAAGCAGCCAUGUCUGGGCCUCCCUUACCUGCUGUUUCUCAUUUCCGUGAAGUGAAUUAUAAGUAAAAUCACAUGACAAGGUCUUUAAUCACAAUCUAAAGGUUAAUACCAAGGGUUUAUGCUCUGCACUUCCCUUAAAGCUUAGCAGAAAUACUUGAUUCCUAUGCAUGAUACAAUUGCUGUUCUAUGCCAGCUAUUGCCCGGUUAUUACUGGCUUCAUAAUAAAGAAUCACAUGGUUGGAGAUAAAGCUGAGCUGCGACAUGGCAAUGCAUCUCUAUGGAAGGGGAAGCCUUGAUAGAAAGCCCUGUUUAAUGAUGUAAAUAUUCUCAAAAUUUGCUUUAGGAGGCAUUCUUGCUUUCUUUUUAUCAGCCUGAGAUAAACGUCUCCACACCUUAUAAGGAGUUUGCCCAGGAACUAGUUCUCAGUGCAGUAAAUAUUUGCAUGCUCCCAAGUAAAAGUGAGCUGGCGUUUGGCUGAGGCGGGGACAGAGCUGUGUGGUGUGCUGGGCUGCAGGUGUGACAGCGGGAUGGUUCGGCUCUGCAAGCCUUUCAGUUCAGCUGGGCAAGAGAGCCCUGCUGGCCAGCGGGCACCGGUGUGGCCCACCUGUGGCUACCUGUGCUGUGUGACAAACAGCUCAGGGAGUCACCAGCUGGGCCAAGGUGGUGAAGCCCACUUUAUUAUGAUAUGACAAUGUGAGUCUGUGACCAGCUGGACACACUGAACUCCUGGUAGUGAAUGUAAGUGUAAACACCCUGCACAACUGGCCAAUGACUCUAGUAUGUCUUUCGUGGAGAUUUUUUACCAGAAAACUGAAGACUAUUCGCUUUGCCUUCCUCAAGGGAAUUUGUUGCUGUGCAUCUUUGAUCUGCUCAUUUGGAAAUGUGAUGUUCAAGAUCAGUUGUCUCUAGGUAAGUCCGUAUAUGUGACUUCUGUAAGUAUUUUCUAUGCAUAUUUUAAAAUCAGGAAGCAGGAAGAACAUCUUUUUCUCCUCACACCCACUGCCCAACAACAGAUUAAGAAAGACAGAUGUACACACACACACUUACAGUCCGUUCCAUACAGUGUUUCAUCUCUGUCUCUCUAAUAUCAACAGUGCAAGGUUUUCUGUGACACAGAACAACUGUUUAAUUACUAAAACUGUAUUACUUCUGUAUUUUUUAGCUCUGCCCACCCCAUUGUAGAUUAAAAAAUUAAAGCCCCUGGCACAGGUCCCUCCUGGGCCUGGCCUGCUGUAUCAUAAUAAGUUUGGCUGCUAAACGUGGUGGAAGAGCAGGGAAGAGUGUUGUAGCUCAGAUAAGCCUGACAAUGAUUAGACAAGCAGUGCUGACCAGUAUUACCCAUCGCACUAUCUAAUACUUCUUGGCUUUGCCUGCAGGACAUGAGGGAGAUGUCCAGGAUAGCUCUGAGGAGAGCAUCUCAAGCAUUAGAAGCUGUAGCUGGGGGCUGAUCACACCAAGUGACUGCCCUUGUUUGGGCACCUUAGCUAGUGCACUGGGAGCUAGUAUGAUCCGCUCUCCGUAGCAUUGCCCUGUUUCUGUAGGCACACAUUUUUUUCUGCUUGCCCAUUUGUCUCCAUCCACCUGUUGUCUUUUACUUACACUGAAAUUGCAAGCACUUUCAAGCAGGAAUGGUCUUUAGUUCUGCUUAUGCCUCACUAAACAUAAAGGGAUCCUAGACCCAAGGAUGCCACUGCAAUAGCCAUAAAUGUUCUUACUGGAAGUCACAGUUAAACAAAAGGUUUUAAAUGUGUUUGUUGUGGUGUGAUUGUCUGGCUUUGCUUCUAGAUUCUGUAUGAGCAUAAGUCCUAACCUGCUACCGUGUUGUUUGAAAACAGACACCAGAGACCCUCUUGUUGCAGACUCCAAGAAAGUGCAUUGCUCACUGUCUUGAAAUGUGAAGCCAUGAUGGGAAAGUACAAUGCAAGAGUUGUUUUGGUAUUUUGCAUGCUUCUGGUGAUGAAUACUUGGGGGUCUGCCUUACUUAAUUGGGCUAAAGUGGAGUUCAUCCCCAUCAAGACUCCACAAGCCUUGCUGAUAGUUUGUUGUUCCCUUUAUUAUUCCCUCUGAAUAGCAAGAUGCAGUAGUGACAUAACACUGAAGUUUUAACUCCUUUGUACAGCAGUUUUUACUCCCCAUCAGCAAAAAGUUUUAGAGCCACCACCAAGCAGAACAUACCACUUUCAUGUUCAGUGAAGGCAAAAGAUUUCAGCAGCUGUGAAAAGCACACCCAGUCGGUAUUUCAUACGCAAUAUGAAAUAGAGAUAACUGUUAUGAUAGCCAAUGCAAUAGUGAUAAUGUAGAUGAAUGGGUUACAAUCAACAGAAAUGUAUUCAUAAAUUGCUUUUUUGAUGGUUAUGCACAUGCAACAUAUGUUGAAUGCCAGUAACUGCUGAACGUCUAACUUCUACUUGUGCCCAAGAUAACAAGACCUUUUGUAACGACUAACUCCCAGCAGCGUGGAGAGUGCAAUUUGAAGCUUGCCAGAUCAUGGGCUAUAUGUGUUGUUCAAUCUUGUCAGACAGAAGUGUGAGGCUAAGAUCUGACAAGAGUGAUGAUACCAAGCUAAA